UGACAUUUAAAAGAAAAAGUUGGGAGCGCCAAUGGAGACUAUUUUUUUAGUGCAAUAAUUGCUUUUAUAAUGCGAUUACGUGCCACCCACAUACGGCGCCGUUUUGGUUUUGUUUUUGUUCUCUUCUCUUCGUUUCAUUUUUUAGCUGAACUCCCCCACUCUCUCUCCUCUCCUCGCCAAUUUUCUCUCUCUAACUCUCUGUCUCUCUGCCGCCAUGGACGAGAGCUCCGGUCUAAACCCAGACCCCCCGCCGCCGCCGUCGUCAAAUCCCCGCCGUAGAAACUCCAUCACGGUGCCCGUCGUCGUGCCAUCUAAACUGAACCUUUUCGCCGCCGCCGCCGGCACGAAAUCAACGCAUUCGCCGCCGUUACCGCUGGCUUUCGAGCUCGUCCCCCUCAAAUCCUCCUCCUAUCCUUCCCUUGUCUACACUUCUCUGAGAGACAUUUUGCCCUCCGCCACCGCCAUCAACUCGCCCACCGCCGCCUCUGCAGCAAAUUCCGGCUACGAGAUCUCGAUCCGCAACCGCCUCGUGAAGCAGGCGGCGUGGGCCUAUCUUCAGCCCAUGUCCUCCUCUCCGGGCUCCUCAGGACCCCACCUCCUCCGCCGUCUCUGGCUCCGAUUCUCCGCCUGUCUCAGCUUCCUCAAUCUGCGGAUCAUUUCCAACAUAACCCACGCUUUUGAUCGGAUAUUUCACGUUGUUGGAGUCAGUUUUGUCAGUUAAAAUGGUGGUCGGAACUGGAAGGAACACAACUGAUCAGCUUCUCUUUGACUGAAUGAAAUCAUCUGUUUUCUAUUCUAUUCUGUGUAUUAAUAAAUUAUAUACAACCCCUAUGAGCAGAGUCAAAGAAGGAGAAGAAACAAACAAAAAAA